CACAUGUCCUCAUCCUUUCUGAUGUUGAAGGGGACAAAGCACGGAACAACCGGGAAGAAAAUACUCAGACAACGAAUAACACACAUGUCUUGGGGAAUAACAAUGGUGUUGGAGAUAUUCCACGUGUUGAAAGGGACAAUGCACAAACCAACCAUAAAGAAAAUUCUCAGAUGAUGAAUAACCCACAAUUCUUGGGAAAUAACAAGGGUGGUCAAAAUAUGCCACGUGUCAUCAUCCUUUCUAAUGAAGGAUACAAUGCACGGAACAACAUGGAAGUAAACACUCAGAUAACGAGUAACAGACAUGUCUUGGGGAAUAACAGUGGUGCUCGAGAUAUUCCACGUGUCCUCAUCUUUUGUGAUGACGAAGGAGGCAAAGCACAGAACAAUUGGGAAAAGAACACUCAGACGACGAAUAACAGACAGAUGUUGGGGAAUAACAGUGGUGGUCGAGAUACACGUGUCCUCACCCUUUGUAAUGAUGAAAUGAACAAAACACAGUUCAAACAGGAAGAGAACAGUCAGAUGAUGAAUAAACCAGCAGUCUUGGGAAAUAACAACGGUGGUCAAGAUACUCCAAGGGUCCUCAUCCAUUCUCAUGAUUCCAGCACAGAAAUAAAAUCUGAGACAACGAGUUACCCAAUUUCAAUGAAAAAUGAGAUUAAAGAAGAAGAUAUUGACUCAGGAUCUUACUUCAUCACUCCUGGUUAUGGAUAUCUUGGUGAUCCAAAAAGAAAAGUCACGAUUCCUAGAAUGCAUUUGGUGACCGCACAAAGGAAGCCUGAACCUAAGCAUGCAGCCCGCUACUUGGCUCGCAAUUUGUUCUCCAGGGAAGUCCUGCUUUGCAGCACCGCAAGUACCAAUCUCAACCUACCAAGCUCUAGUGGCCGCCAACCCCUAGAUCCAAAUAUAAUGGCUGCAUUAAGAGAGUAUCUGAUAACUAUCUUUCCCAACCAUGAUUUGCGUGAAUGUGGAAAAGACUGGAGAGCCUGUAUUUCCUAUGUCAAUGCUCUGAUCCGUUAUUUGUCUUCUGCAUCCAAAAAAUACCAACAGAAACCUGUUGUCCUCACCAAACGCAGUAUACCAGCAUCUGUAGAUUUGGAUGAUAAAAAGGAUGCUGAUGGCGGUGAAGGCAGUUCCCUGUUAUAUAGGCAAGCAGCUGCCUCAGAAACAAGUGCAAGUGGGAAUUCUCAGCCAAAAAGAAGUGCUAUCUCUGAAGGAUUUGAAAAUCCUUCCACUAGUGCUUCAAUGUUGCCUUACAGAGCAUUGUGCUAUAUUGGAAAUCCAACUAGAAAUGUACAGGUGUCAUAUUUAGUACUGACUAUAGCAAAAAAGAAGGCUUGCCCACAGAUGGCAGCCAGCUAUCUUAUUGGCCAACUGUUUCCAGAGGAUGUCCUGCUAAACAGUAGCGUCUAUGGCAAUCUGUGGCAUGGCGUAUGUGCCCUUAAUUACAGCAGGAUUAGUGCUAUCCGAGAGUUUCUCCAAGACAUCUACCCGGCUUGUGAUCUAUCAGAAGGUGGACGUGACUGGAAGAUGUGUGUGAACUCUAUGAAUCACUAUAUCCGUACACUUAAACCUGGAUACAGGAAUUUCACAUUUGAAUCAUCAUCUUCAGAAAUAAGCUCUUCAUCAAAAUCAGAAUCAUCUGAUACUGACUUAAGUGAUUAAAAUACUUGAA